AUGACUCAAGUUCCUCACUCUGUUACCUGUUUUUUUUUCAGUCUGGUAGCUUCAAAAGAGCCAGACAAUCCACGGGGAAGAGCCAAUCCUAUGUCUCCCUCAGACUUCCUGGAUAAACUUAUGGGAAGAACCUCAGGAUACGAUGCAAGAAUCAGACCAAACUUUAAAGGUCCUCCUGUUAAUGUGUCAUGCAACAUAUUCAUUAACAGCUUCGGUUCAAUAGCUGAGACAACAAUGGAUUACAGAGUGAAUAUAUUUCUGCGUCAGCAGUGGAAUGAUCCUCGAUUAGCUUAUAGUGAAUAUCCGGAUGAUUCCCUCGAUUUGGAUCCCUCCAUGUUGGAUUCUAUUUGGAAACCAGAUCUGUUUUUUGCCAAUGAGAAAGGAGCUCACUUUCAUGAAGUGACCACAGAUAACAAGCUUCUGAGAAUAUUCAAGAAUGGAAACGUCUUGUAUUCCAUAAGGUUAACUCUGACACUUUCCUGUCCUAUGGAUCUUAAAAACUUCCCAAUGGAUGUACAGACAUGUAUAAUGCAACUAGAAAGCUUUGGAUACACAAUGAAUGAUCUCAUUUUUGAGUGGCAGAAAAAUGGGCCAGUCCAGGUUGCAGAAGGGCUUACCCUACCACAGUUCAUCCUCAAGGAUGAGUCAGAUCUGCGAUAUUGUACCAAACAUUACAAUACAGGGAAGUUCACUUGCAUAGAGGUUCGCUUCCACCUGGAGAGGCAAAUGGGAUACUACUUGAUCCAGAUGUACAUUCCAAGCCUGCUCAUUGUCAUCCUGUCCUGGGUUUCCUUCUGGAUCAAUAUGGAUGCCGCACCUGCCAGAGUAGCUUUGGGCAUCACCACAGUGCUCACCAUGACGACCCAGAGCUCUGGGUCCAGGACAUCGCUUCCAAAGGUAUCUUAUGUUAAAGCCAUUGACAUCUGGAUGGCUGUGUGUUUAUUAUUCGUGUUCUCGGCCUUGUUGGAGUAUGCAGCAGUCAAUUUUGUCUCCAGGCAACACAAGGAGCUAUUAAAAUUCCAUCGCAAAAGGAAGAAGAAUAAGCAUGUUGAUGUGGUGCUGGACCGGAAUGAGAGCAUUGACUCAUUGCACCGUAGCAGUGGUAUGAGAAGUGCUGAACCCAUGUACGGAUCUUUGGGUCAAAUCUCCAGUGCAAAUUGCAGGGAAGAGGACAUAAGAGAGAGCAGACUGAGCUUCAGUGCCAGUGCAGGAACCCCCUGCAAUACGGGAAAAGAUGGGAUCAUUCCUAAAGCCCCCAACAGCAUCCCUCAGCCAGCACCACCGUCCUCAUCAACAGCAAAAUCCCCUGAGGAGAUGAGGAAGCUCUUUAUCGACAGAGCAAAGAAGAUCGACACCAUAUCCCGAGCUGGCUUCCCUCUGGCUUUCCUGUUUUUCAACAUUUUCUACUGGGUGCUUUACAAAAUCCUCAGACGCGAGGAUGUACACCAGCAAUGA